AUGGCUGCUUCAUCAUCAGACACGGUGGCUUUCAUUGGUCAGAGACCCCCCUCCACACUGGGCCUUGGGGUGAUGGGCUACCCAAUGGCACUGAACCUGCAGGCCGGUUUGGGCCAAGACAAAACCCUUCUCAUUUGCGACACAAACUUGGAAGCGUUGGACAGAUUCCAAGCGGAGGCAAGGGGCACGGCAACAGUCAAGAUAGUUUCUAACGGCUUUGAAGCGGCCAAGGCGGCAAAUACAGUUUUUACCAUGCUGCCAGGGUCUGGUGCCGUUAAAUCGGUGUAUUUAGACCCUCAAACUGGCAUCCUCGCAGGUGCUGUGGCAGCCGCUGAGGAGUCGGGAAGAACCCCAGAACGCAAGAUUGUAGUCGAAUGCGGAACAAUCGAGACCGACUGUAUCCAUUCUGUCGCAGAUUCAUGCCGCGAAGUUUCCUCUUCCAAGCUCUCGGACACUCUUGUCUUCGUUGACGCGCCUGUCUCAGGCGGGCCCAUGGGCGCCAAUGCUGCCACUCUCACCUUCAUGGUGGGUUGCCCACCAUCCUUGUCACAAGAAGUAUUCCCCAUUGUCAAGUCGUAUCUGGGGCACAUGGGCAACCGAGAGGGCAUAUUUCUAUGCGGAGACGUCGGUGCGGGCACAGCUUUCAAGAUAAUCAACAACUAUCUAAGCGCCAUCACGUCUCUAGCCGCAUCUGAGGCACUCAACAUUGGCGUGAAAGCCGGACUUGACCCUAAAACGCUCACCGAUGUCAUUAAUGCAAGUGGCGGCCAGUGCUGGGUUACAAGCAAGAGCAACCCAGUCCCGGGGGUUCAGGCCAACGUUCCGAGCAGCCGGGGCUACGAGGGAGGAUUUAGGAUUGAGUUGUGCGCCAAGGUAUUGGGCAUGGGAACCAAGUUGGCCGAGAGUGUCGGGGCGAGGACUAUCUUGGACAAGCCCACACAGCAAGCAUUCAGCGAGGCAAUGGGGGAUGAAAGGUAUUCUGGGAAAGAUGCAAGGGUCGUUUACCAGUGGCUAAAUAAGUCUACAUAG